AUAUAUAGACUGCUAGAUUCCUGCAGCUCUAACCUGUUCUCCUUCCUCUCAUUUGAUAUCUGUAUGCUUUAAGGAAAAUUGAAGAUGCAUAUAAAGAAGGCUCACAAGGAGAGUUUUGCUUCUUGUGAGGAGUUCAGAGGCACAAGUCAGAGGUAGAAAAUAAGGAGAAGAAAUAAGAGGCACCAUGGAAACUAACUGACGACUCCAUCAGCUGCCUGUAUUUUCUCAUCGACCUGCUCUUAUCAUACCAAUUUCAAUUAUUCUUAUACCAUCCACAUAGCCACCAUCACCAGCUGAAAAAAGCAGUAAGACAAAUGAAGAGGCUAAGCAGCUCAGGCUCUUUUUCAGGACAUGAAGGAAAAGAUGUUAGCUGUUCUGAAGAAGAAGAAAAGGAGAAGCAGGAGGAAAGAUUUCAGUCCCUUCUUGUAAAUGGUAUGGAGGAGGUAGAGGAGGAGGAGCUGUGCUCCUAUGGACACUCAUCACUCGGAGAGAAGAAGCGCAGGCUUAGUGUAGAUCAAGUAAAAGCUCUAGAGAAAAAUUUUGAAGUGGAGAAUAAAUUAGACCCGGAGAGGAAGGUGCGACUGGCACAAGAAGUAGGCCUGCAGCCACGUCAAGUGGCGAUUUGGUUCCAGAACCGCCGUGCCAGAUGGAAAACUAAGCAGCUCGAAAGAGACUAUGCCGUGUUGAAAGCACGGCAUGAUUCUCUCAAGCUCGACUACGAUGCGCUCCGCCGUGAAAAGGAGGCCCUCGAAGGAAAUUUAAAGGAGCUGAAGUCCGGGCUGGCAAGAUCUGCAACGGAGUCGAAGAAGAAAGGCGCUGACGACGAUAAAAAAUCAGUUUUUGUCUAUAGAGAUGGCGCUUCUGACAGCGAUUCAAGUGCGGUGUUCAAUGAUGAAACCAGUCCUUAUUCUGUGGUGGUGCUGGAGCAGCACAGCUUCAUGGGGCUCAAUUCUCAGUGCUCCUCCUUGUUCGAGAUCGAGGCUCAAGAUGAGAUGAUGAACUACUCUGAAGUAAAAUCCCUCUACGGAGAAGGUCAAGAGCCUUGUAGUAGCUUGUUCUCCGAAGAAGAAGCACCAAACCUCCCUUGGUAUUACUCAGAACGAUGGGAAUGAACCACAGGAUCGGGCAAGCACAUGAUAUGAGAUCUCAUGUAAAAAAACUACUGUAAAUGGAGCUAGCUUUGCUAUAAUCUCUACUUAGAAAUGUGUACUGAAGGGCUUAGCUUUCCAUGUUGAAGACAAAAGUAGGAGUAAAGGUCUCUCUUCUCUCUCUUGUUGGAGGAAGCAAAAGAAUAAGGUGUUUAGUGUUGAACUCAAAAGUAGGACAGACGAUAGUUUUAUCUCUUGGUUUUGGAAGUGGAUGCAUUUUCAUUUGUUUAACAUGGUAACUGUCUCUUUAUCA